GGGUGUGUGUGGAGGGUGUUGCGUCACACCAGGACCUCUAUAAAGAAGGAGUGUGUCUCAUGUCAGACACACGGUUCUCCGGCUGAGAAGAACCAGGAGACGCAGAUGGAAGAUCUCUGGAGAUGGUUGCCUCUAACCCUGACCCUCCUGGCAGCCUGGCUCUGUCCUCACAGCACAGCUUCGCCUCCCAGGAAGAUGUCACACUUCAUCAGCCAGCUGGAGCAGCUGGAGGAGGCGGAGCCAGCCCUGACUCCACUGGGCAUGCUCAGAGCCCUGCGCACCGCAACCAAUCACAGCGAUGAACUCACCCACCACUUCCUGGGAAGCGGCUCGAGUGGAGCCGUCAUGGCGGCCGGUCUGCUGGCCUCUCUAGGCCGGGCCACGCAGCAUUCGGUGACCGAGGCGGGCCAGGAGGAGGGUGUGGUCCUGACCCAGGACGGCACCACGGUGGCUCUCGCCCCGGUCCUGCUGGGCCUGGAGGCGGGGCUGCAGGCCCACACACCUGGUCGGGUCCGGGGGCUGUACCAGCUCACCCUAGCCCGCAGCCUGGCUCUCUCCUUCCAGCAGCUCCACAGCUCCACCCCCGUCCAGGCCCCCGCCCAGGCCCCCGCCCAGGCCCCCGCCCAGGCCCCCGCCCUUGGCCCCGAUGGCUGCUGGGACAGCGUGAGCUCCCCCCGGGUGUUCACCCUGUCAGGGCCUCCCUUCGGGCCCACGGAGGCACAGGUGAACGGGGGCAUGGAUGGGCUGGUUCUGGGGCUGGAGGUGUCGGAGCCUGCCCAGCGCCCUGCCCGGGUCAGCGCCCUGCUGAGGAGCUACUACCGCCCGCUGCUGGAGGGGGGUCUGGACUCUGCCCCACGCCUGGUCAGCCCACGCCGCAGAGACAACCUCCGAGAGAUGGUCAGACCCCCCCUGCUCCAGAGGCAGGUGGUACGGUCCGUGGCACUACAGCGCAGGUUGCUGGGUCGAGCCAAGAUGGAGAGGGGGGAGAAAGAGGAACUGGCGGCUGGGGUGAGGGAAGGGAUGAAGGAGUUCGUCCACAGGUACAUGGAAUGUCCAGCCAUCAUCCCGAGGUGUCAGUGGGGUGCGUCUCCGUACAGGGGGUCCCCCACGCUGCUCUCCCUGCCCCUGUCCUUCCUGUACGUCCACCACACACACACGCCCAGCCAGCCCUGCCUCACCUUCCAGGUCUGUGCCCGUGACAUGAGGGCCAUGCAGCGCUUCCACCAGGAUGACCGCGGCUGGGACGACAUUGGAUACAGCUUUGUGGCGGGCUCCGAUGGCUACCUGUACGAGGGGCGUGGCUGGCUGUGGCAGGGGGCCCACACCCUGGGUAACAACGCCCGCGGCUACGGGGUGGCCUUCAUCGGGGACUACAGCUCCAGCCUGCCAGGGCGCAGUGCCCUGGACCUGGUCCGGGACCGGCUAGGGGCCUGUGCCACGGGGGCCGGUCGGCUGCUCCCCGACUACACCCUGCAUGGACACAGGCAGCUGGUCUCCACCAGUUGCCCGGGCGACGCCCUCUAUUCCGAGAUCACUGGCUGGGAGCACUUCAAGGAAGUGCAGAAAUUCUGUCUGGACGGUGAAACUCCAAGCUCCCGUCUACACAAAGAAUGAUUUUUUUUUUUCUUCAAACGUUUACGUAUCUCCUUCAAACACGGUUAUGAGCUGUGAUCAUAAUAAAGAGCUGUGGUAAU